AUGAAGCUCAAUCUUCUGGUUUUCUGCCUGAUAUCAGGCUUGACUCCGAUCUUCGGCGCUCCGGAAAUGGAGAAAAAGGCUGCUGAUACUUCCCCCGCCGCCAAGAGUAACGGUGAUGUCCUCGCAGAUGGGGUAUGCAGCGGCUAUUACUGCUGCGACCCACGCCCCAACUGCUUCUAUGCUUCAGGCGGUUGUUGGUGUUCCGCCUAA